AUGGCUGCAACUACUGUACAAACGGCAGAUCUUGCCACCGAAAACACACGUCGUGCUGCGCAGGAAAUACAAGAUUAUCUCCAAUCUCGUCUUGCGGAUACUUCUGGUCCCUCUUCAUUUCGAUCACUUCCAAUUAUCGAUCUAACCCCUUCAUUCUCAUCAUUUUUAGCCGACCGUCAAGUGGUUGCGAAGAAAAUCAACGAAGCAUGUGCGAAUGUUGGAUUUUUCUACAUCACAGGUCAUGGAAUUCCACAGCAUGUUUGCGAUGAAGUAUUCAAGCUUUGCGAACGUUUCUUUAGUGAACUACCUCAAUCUUCCAAGGAUGCAAUUCACAUGAAGAAUUCAGAUCAAUUCAGAGGAUAUGAACCGGCUAGUUACUCGUCGGUAAAUGAUUUUCAAACUAAGGAGACAAAGGAGGCUUUCAAUUGGGGUUAUGAGUAUGGUUUAGAUCCUACAGGUGGAGAUGGAAAAUACGUCGAGCUUGAUGGUACGACUGCGGGUGGUAAAAAUCAAUGGCCUAGCGAAUCUGAAAUCCCCGGUUUCUAUCAAGGCAUUGCAGACUACUACGGAAGGAUUUUGGAAUUGUGUAAACACCUAUUCCGCCUAUUUGCCUUGUCUCUAUCUCUCCCAGAAGAUUACUUUGAUUCACUAGUCACACAUCCUGGAGGAAUCGCACGGCUGAUAAAGUAUAAGCCAAAUUCGAACCCCAAACCCCUUUCAGCCUCGAAUGAAGAAGAGGAAGUUGGUCUUGGUGCUCACUCAGACUACGAGUGUUUUACUCUGCUCCUCCAGGACUCAACUCCCGGUCUAGAGGUCCUCAGUCCAGACGGAAAAUGGGUCGCUGCCGAGCCCGUUGAAGGUGGAAUCGUAGUCAACGUCGGAGAUUUCCUGAUGCGAUGGACAAAUGGACUUUAUAGAAGUACUAUUCAUAGGGUUGUUAACAGGACGGCCAAAACUCGAUACUCGGUACCCCUAUUUUUCUCGAUUAAUUAUGAUGAGACGGUCGAGACCUUACCGUCUUGUGUAAGUGAGGAAAAUCCUUCCAAAUAUCCUCCGAUUACUGCAGGAAAAUAUGUAUUAGAUCGUUUGGCUAUGACAGUUCCUGGGAAAUACUGA